UGCACAUACCCACAACUUCCACAUGACAUUGUUGCGCAGAAAUGCGACCACCACUUCCACCUGAUGUUGUUGCACAAAGAUCACUCAUAUCUGCAAUGAUGUUGUGUGUAGUGAGAUGCAGUUUUCUAUUGGUCCUGAUCUGUUUCAGCUCCUUAUGGGCAGCCACAAAUUUGAAAGUUACACAGUUAACUAGAGCUUGUGGGAAAGACAUCAGCAUUGAGUGCACUACACAUAAAAGCCCGCAGAAUGGUGUGUACAUGUACAAACAAGAAAAAGCAAGAGAACCACAGGAAAUUUUCUACUUUUACCAAGACAACCCUCAGUCCUCAGUCACUCUAAGCUAUAAACAACUGAACAAUUACAAAGUCAAUGUAAGGGGAGUAUUACCAAAUCUUAACGUCACCAUCUUAAAUGUAACUGUCACCGACACUGGAUUUUACUGGUGUGAAUUUAAUUUGGAAGAAAAAAUCACUCUUGGCAAUAUCACUUGGUUAUUGAUAGAAGAAAAUCAAGGGGAAAAUGCUGUUAACAAAUCUGAAGAAAUUGGAAAAGAUUGCACAGAAGAUGCUAUUCCACAUGUAAAGAUCGUCCUCAUUUUGUGCACUGCAAUGUCUCUACUCUGCAUUUUGUUUUUUUUCUGUGUGAUUGUGAAGAUGAAAGGGUGUUGGAGGAAAAAAAUGACAUUCACACCAUCCAAUCCACCCUCAGACUCAGUUUAUGAAGAGAUGAAACGGAGCAAUUUGGAUCACCAGCUACAUGCACGGACAUUCAUCAACCCUGACUAUCAAUCUACAGUACCAAGGAUCUGUGAUAAUGUGUGAUAGUGUGAGAGCAUUCUUUUAGGUAGCAUGAAUAGGAUAUGUCUUUAAAUGUUGUUGAUCAGGAAUAAUAAUUAUAGAAAUGCAUAAUAAUUAUGAAGAAAUGCAACAGUUGAGGAGAUAUUUUUAGCUGACAGACAAUAGACAUGUCAAGUGUCCCACUUGUGGUUAAAGUUUCACAUGCAUCUGCAAUGGAACCUAUAAUGUUAAGAGGGUAUCUGCAAGUUUCAGUUUUGGUGCAGGCCAAUGGUUAACUGACUGUUAUCAAGUACAAAAUCACAUUUCACAAAAAAAAAAAAAAAAAAAUCUCAUGAAAAACUUAAAUCUAACCACUGAAGAAAUUUUAGUUAUAAAAAAUAUAUUAUAUUUGACGCUCUGAUGUUCAUUUCACACCUUCAACUAGUCAUCCUUUCAACUAGUCACCUUCCUUUGAACGUUGUUGUCAUGUUUUCCUUUCUAUGAAGUCACAUGGUGUUUCUUUUGAUUAACUGUGUUAAAGUUACUUUAACACUUAGUGUGUUCUGAGGCUUAUAUUUUACAAAAGAGCUUAAGUAACCUGCAUGUAUUUGAACUAAUUAUCUGUGCUUUUAAUUGUAUUUUAUUUGGUUAUUUUGUUUAAUUGAACUGCAGAUCAUUUACACUGAUUACCUGGACUAUUUAAACACCCCCUCACAUGCUCUCCGAUUGUUGAGAUUUUGUUAGCUGUUGCUGCAUUCCAAAGUGUUUAUUGUAGUUCUUGCCGUGUUUUGACCCAUUGGACUGUUUAUAUUGUUUCUGAUUGUUUGCCGCCCUUCUCAACCAUAUUGCCUGUAUUAGGAUUAUGCUUUGAAUUAUCUUUGUAUGCCAUGUUUUGACCCUUUCCAA